ACGCGGCACGGGCGUCGCAUUCCGCGAGUACCGACUACCGAGUACUCCGGCGAUCGCUCGCGCCGAACGCACACGUGUCCUGUCAACGGAAGUCACGAUGCGGGGCGAUCGCGCCGCUCGCGACACCCGCCAUAACAAAGAUCAUGAUAACUUAAAAUCAUCACUUAAAAAGGGCACUAAAUCUAAAAAACACCGAGUUGUGUUUGAUGAAAGUGCAAAUGAGUUUUUCGAAGCCGAUUAUAUUAUUGUUGUUCGGGAUGAGUGCGGGUAUUCUGAUGAGGGUGAAGGCGAUGAGUGCUCGGGUUGCGGCGCCUGUGAGCGCUUCCCGGAGCAGGAGUCUAGGGCACUUAGUCCCCCCGAGGGAUACAAAGAUAUGGGACUGUUUAAUAGAGAUGGUACUUUACGUGAGCAAGCGUGGUGGGAAGCUGGUGACGUGGUCUUGGUGGGGGAGAGAUCCGGCACGGUGUUUACUCCUCAGCACCUGCAGCUCUUGCGACGACUGCAGCGUGAACGAAUGCUUCGCUCAGCUGUAUGUUCAGACUGUGACGCGCAACCACCCAUCCAUCAGCCUCUCGAGUUAGAGUACUAUUAUGAAGACGAAGAGAGCAGUGAUGCUGACCGCGAUUACCGACCAGUGCCGUUGGCGCGUCGAACUGCCAAGCAUAUCGCAGCUGGAGAAGAGCGGCCCAGGAUUAAUUCAAGUCAACAAACCACACCAACUGACGAAUGCCCUCCAGACAUAUGCAACGAAGAAGUUCAAGCGGAUUUAACGACGGCACCACUAACAAGCGAAGAAAGUGACUCGGGUGACAUUGAAGGACGCCUUUCAAACGAGAGCUCACCGUUAAGGCAGCGCCGAGCUGGCAUUCUAAAAGGUGGAAGACUCUGGAAGUCAUUGGACAAUGAAAAAGAUUCAAAUGAAACGACUGAUGACCAAAGAUCAACAACUGCUAGUGACGAGGAUGGUUCGGUGACGCCGAGAUCAGUUCGUUUUGUGGACCGGACGAGUGAAGUUGAAGAACAAAAGCAGAAGGCAGAGCCGGAGCCGACGAACAUUACAGAAGAAUUGAAGGACCAAACCGCAUCAACAAACAGGUUGGAGACGCCAACGGUAACAUCAACGCCAAAUACAACAAAGUCAAACUCUGCAGUUCAGCAGCUGUUUAACAGUAACAGACCACCACCACCAGCCAUAGAACCACAACUGAUCACAUCAGAAACCUUACGAGCGUGGGACGCUGGCGUUAGGCCAAAGUCUGAAGAAGCGGCUGUGAGACGCGUUGCUGAGAGAAACGCGCUUCGGUGCUCCCUUUUACGAAGUGAAGCAAGAAAAAAACAACAACCAAAGCAAGAAGUAACUUCGCUAGCUGAACGGAUACGUCUAUUAACCUGUGAUGUCGAGGAUGAGCCUGAGGAACAGCACUCGUCACCAGCCGCGGCGAGUGUUGACAAGUUUUCGAACACGAGUGACAAAUCGAAUGACAAAUCCAGCGAAAAAUCGUUCAAUGGUGUCGACAAGAAUAAUGAAAAGGCCUUCGGCAGUGGGUCCUCUAGUUCAUCGUCCUCCACGCUCUCUGCUCCAGUGCUGACAAGACAACGGCCGCCUGACUUGGGAGAUGUACAUCAAGAACCACACAAGCCCCGACCGGAACCACGAAGGCAGUUUCUGUCAACUCUUGCCCCACUCACUGCGUGUGUUGGCAGCGCUGCUCAUCAUGAGGGAUUUUACUACGUUGCUCCGGGAGACAGGACCUCAGCGACAUCAGCAACUACACUGGAUAUUCAGGAAACCAAUGAAGCACCAGCUCCUGAUGUCGUCGCAGGUACACCAGGAGCGUCUGAUAACGAUGAAAGUUUAGCAGCGUUUGUUCGGGCCUCGGCUAGGCGUACAGAAAGAAUUCGACAACGUUACGGGCAGGAGUCACAGCCUGUUAGCAGUGAUGACGAACACGAUGACUAUGGAUUCCACCGACGACCAGCUGUUCGAGGAAUAGCUGUGAAACAACAACUUGGUGCUUCAGAUGAUAUACUGCAGCAGAUGCAGACUGAACUUCAGCCUGCCUCCAGCUCAACACUCGCCCCAGUACCGGCACACGCUUGCCAACGUAAUAUAAAUGCAAAUUAUGCUUGGCCCUAUUAUUCUGAAGCCAAUCUCAACUCAAGGCCUCAGAGCAGAAGCAGUAGCAAUACUAACUGGUCAUCAAAAUCAUCGGACUAUGCAUCAUCUAGACAGUGCAGCAACACGCCCAUACCCCAACAACACACAGAAGCGUGCUACUCUCAUGCACAGAACAUGGCUUCAUAUGUCCAUUACCAGCAACAUCGACAACAAGAGAAUUUGUACAGAAACUGCGCUCUCUAUGCUAACAUUGGUUGUUCCGACAGUAGUCAAGAGUUGUACAGUUCACAAACGAGCUCGGAACAAACUUCCCCGGUACGUUCCGCAUCACGAUGCCGGCGACCGGAGUCUCCUCCACCGAUUCGCAAUCAUCAUCAGCUUCUCUACGUGCCGUAUAGCGCACACUACAAUUAUCAGCAGGAGUAUGCUCAGCAAUGGGCAGCCAAUGACUAUAGCCGUAUGCACUCAUACUAUCAGCAACAGCAAAGUCGAAGCGGUAUGAGCACACCGCAGCCGCCUCAACAGCAACAGCAUCAGCAACAACACCAACAACACCACCAACAACAACACCAACAUCAACACCAGCAACAACACCAACAGCAACACCAACAACAGCAACAACAUCAGCAUCCUGUGCAGCCGCAACGAGCUCAUUAUACACACCCAUUGCAAAUACAGACAUUGUGUGCUGCACCAGCUCGGUACCGAACUGUGCCAGCCCCUCAACCUGGCGGAGGAAAACAAAUGAUUUGUUAUUCAGAAAAGGUGGCGCCACCUCUCUAUCAGCCAGCUCCAGGCUCACCGUCACGAGCUGCUAGAGGAGCUCCCGAAGGCGCGCCUGCGGGAUCGUCUGCUACCAACGCCACCUCACCCAUGGCCGUCCCGCAGAAUCCAGUUUACUAUGCAAUGAAUGUGUGACGCGGGGACUAGGUAAAAAUAUCUUUGACCCCUUCCGGUGAGGUCCGAAUAAGUGUCCAUCAGCAUCAUAGAGACAACAACGAGUAUUAGAUCUACCGCAGCAAAGGCAGUGAUCAAAUUGACAAUUUAAUGAAAUACUCAAUAAGUACAUCGCUUAUAUCAUCGUUAGAAAAAUCAUAUUUUACCUAUACGUGAAUGAUGAAUGCAUGAUAAAAGUGAAUACGUGAGGCCGUUAUUUAAAAUCAAAUACGAAAACAUACCAAAGAUUUAAUUUAUAUAACAUCUGGAGAUGUCGAAGAUGUAAUUAUUUUAUAAAAAUAAUAAAUAUUAUAUUACGAAAUCGUGCUGUAUAUAAUUGAUUAUACAGCUUGUAGAAUGUAUGUAAUUUAUAAUACUGUCAUUAGCAUACAAGCUAAGCUUUUACGAAACGUCAUUUCGUCAAAAUAAAAAUGUUAGUAUGAGUAGAGUUUGUAUGAUUGUUGUAAUUUAUUUGUUAUUUAUUUAUUACUUUAGUAGUAGGGUUUAUAUGUACUGCCAUUAUAGUAGUGAAUUUAUUGUAGAUAUACUUUGAAUAGAAUAAUAAACAGAAGAUAAGAUUAUUAGCGGUUAAAUUAUUGUUAUGUGGAAAUAUAAUGACACCAAAAUAUUAAGGUCCCGGUAUAAAUAAAAUAUCACCAAUGACGUGCUAUACAUGUAGACAUAUCAGGUCGUUUAUACGCAAAAUAUGGAACAUACUACAAAUUACAUCAUAAGAAGCUGCUGUAUCUAAACAUUGCUGCAUUUACUCCAGUUGGUUAAACUAUUAUUUGUGAAUAAGCGGCAAUGUAAAACAUUUAAUCAGUUCAAGUUGCUUAUGUUGAAUUUAGAAACCGAUUCGUACAGUAACAUUUUAUAUAUGUCUAAGGAGGAAAGUGUGCUUACAUUGUCUUUAUGCACACUUUUACCGUUCCGCUAUUAUGCUGCGAAUGAUAUGUCCUUAUUUGUGUAUAUUUCUCAAAUAAGAUGGACUGACCAAAUUAAAGACUCGUUAUCAAAAUUAUCUACGGUUAUAUGAGACGCGCCGGCGUAGACAGAUCAUCCGCUCCAGAUGCGACCUUUAUCCUCAGAAAUGAGGACCCAAAACCCAGAGAUAGAAAUAUAUAUGUAUAGAACGUCAUUGCCUCCAUCAAAUAGCACCAUCUUUGGAGAAUAAAAGAAACCCGCUUUGGUCUUUAUACUUUCUUUGUUUACCUAAUAGUAAUAUACUUAUAUACAUUAAAUUACAAAAUGAUAAUAAACUUGCAUAAUCAUAACAAUACCGCAUUACACGCCCAAAUUGAAAUGCCUUCUGUGCAACUACAUUUGAAUAUAUUCUAGUAAAAAUGCAACUAACAUUUCACUGCAAGAUACAAAGUAAAACCCUUUAGAUACAGGCGUUUUAGUCGAAAAUGACUAUAAGAGCCACUUAUGCUA